GUGUAUUAAUGUAUACUCUAUGUUGAUUAAAAAUCUGCGUUCACAGUGGUCAGUUUAUACGUAAAUACGCACAAGAUUGUGAAUAAGGACUGAAAUAAAAUGCUUAAAUAUAUUACAGUUAUUUCGAAGUAUACGUAUGUGAAAAAAUAAGUGAUAUUUUCUACGAGUGGCAUAAGAAGAUAAACAUAAGCUUGACCUUGAUGGUGUUUACUUGCUGCGUUUCUUGAGAAGUUAUUAGAAAAGACGAAAAUCUGACAGACAGAACUGAUGUUUGGCAAAAUGAAGGAGAAAUUUAGACUAAACAUGGAAAUGCUCCCGUGCGUCGAGUUUGGUCGAUUCGUGAUAUGUAGUACACGAUAUUUUCUGAAGGUGUGCGUUCGCAGAAGUAUGAACUUCGAGUGGUCUUGGUGCUAUGCGUCUACUAAGGCAGAGCAUAAAAACAUACAAAGUUUGUUAAUUUCGACACUGACAGAAUGAGACAAGGGCGCGGAGGACAGCGGAACAAGAAAUGCUGUAGAGGUCGUGGUGCACCACCAAUCACGCUGCCAGCAACACUGGAGGACCCUGCUGCCACCUGGAAGGGACCGCCACCCGGUUCGGAGCCCCAGAACUUUUCUCAGAACUCUAAUCAGAACUUCUCCGGACCGCCGGCGGGCUUCCAGGGGCCAUCGCCCUUCCAGGGCCCGCCGGCCGGUGCCGGCUCACCUGCGGGUGCUCCCCCUUACUCAGGAGGACCACCACCUGGUUCAGGAACACCUCAGUACACUGCUUCACCUGCUCCAUCUGGUUCAUCUACGCCAGGACCGGGACCACCUCAGUCGGCCGGAUUCCCUCCACCUCCGAACAAUGGUCCACCUUACAACGGACCCGGUCCCGGCCCCGGGCCAUUCGGAUCGCCGUCUGCCGGUGCUCCUGGUCCCGGACCUGGACCUCAGUUUGUUGGACGGCCUGGAUCCUCAGGACCACCGUUUGUGGGCGGACCUCCGGGUGCAGGGAACCCUCACUUUGCCUCACCGGGACAGCCAUUUGGAGGCCCUCAGUUUGGUAUUCCUCCUGGUUCACCAUUUGGACACGGCCCCGGACACCCAAUUCCAGGACCUAUUCCAGCACACGGCAUGAUGCCGGGGCAGAUACCAGGACCCAAUCCCGUCGACAGGAUAGAUCAGGGCCUGGCGUCUCGCGUAAAUGUGGGCGAGGUUUCUGCGGCUGUGCCCGGAGCUAUCGCCCAGGCCGGGGUUUCGCCUUGUCUUCACUGCGACUCGCUGACGCAAACAUACUGGUAUCGCAGCAAAUCUCUUCCUGUUCCCAGGCGUCAUACGCCGUACUUCGGCCAGCCUGACUAUCGUAUUUACGAGCUUAACAAGAGGCUUCAGCAGAGGACAGAGGAGAGUGAUAAUCUCUGGUGGGAUGCCUUUGCCACUGAGUUCUUUGAAGACGAUGCCACGCUCACACUAACAUUUUGUUUAGAGGAUGGGCCCAAGAGAUACACUAUAGGUAGGACACUUAUACCGAGAUACUUUCGGAGUAUCUUUGAAGGUGGUGUGACAGAGCUGUAUUAUAAUUUGAAACAUCCUAAGGAGUCCUUCCACAAUACAAGUAUUACUCUGGACUGCGAUCAGUGCACUAUGGUGACGCACCAUGGGAAACCAAUGUUCACAAAGGCACCGGUUGCUGUACAGGUGUGCACGGAAGGCAGACUCAUCCUGGAGUUCACGUUUGAUGACUUGAUGCGCAUCAAGUCGUGGCAUUUCGCUGUGCGGACACAUCGUGAACUGGUGCCUCGAACUGUAGUUGGAAUGCACUCCCAGCAGGACCCGGGAAUGCUGGACCAGCUAUCGAAGAACAUCACACGGCAGGGCAUCACAAAUUCAACGCUCAACUACCUCAGGCUAUGUGUGAUCUUGGAGCCCAUGCAGGAGCUGAUGUCGCGACACAAAGCUUAUGCGCUCAGUCCGCGAGACUGUCUCAAGACCACACUCUUCCAGAAGUGGCAGAGGAUGGUUGCCCCGCCGGGUAAGAGAGAGUCACAACGACCAGCAAACAAGAGGCGGAAACGGAAAGGUUCCCAAUCUGGAGGUGCUGCCAACAAUGCUCCUCCUGCGCCCAACAAGAAACGCUCGCCUGGACCAAAUUUCUCUUUAGCAUCACAGGACGUAAUGGUUGUUGGCGAACCAUCACUGAUGGGUGGCGAGUUCGGGGAUGAGGACGAGAGGCUCAUAACACGGUUGGAGAACACACAGUAUGAUGCGGCCAAUUCCCUGGACCACGACAACCACGGCUUCUCGGACUCGCCUAUGACGGGGGGCCCUAAUUCGUGGGGGGGAGGAGGGCCAGUAGGUGGGCCUGGAGUGGGCGGACCUGUGGCCGAUAGGGGACCCGGUGUCCCACCUCAGGGCAACACGCCGUCCAGCCAGGACUCGGACAAGAAAUCUCCAGCUGUGAGUCAGUGAUAGUGCGCACUGUGAGGUGAGGUGAGGCAAGGCGAGGCCGAAGUAAGAGUGUUCGUGUGACACUGAGGCACUCCUAAAGCUGUGUGUGGCAUUCUUGUUGAAGUGUCGUUUCUUUCUGACAGGUGGCCAACACAUUAUUUAAAAUAAAUUUUAAUGUGGACAUAAAAAUAAAGUAUUCAGAUAAAUUUCUAUUUCAAGGUGUUCAUAGUCUGUGCAUGACUAUGUAGAAAUUGUAAUAUUGACACUACUUUAUUAUAGAUUAGUUUGGAGAAAUUGUGCAAUGCAAAUAGACUCCUCCAAGGAAAGAGGUAUGUUGGUGUUCAGUUCUGGUAGUGUUCAUUAUUGGAUAAGGGUUUUCUGAACACGAUCUCCAACACCAUUGGAAUAAUCUGAAAAUCAUUGAUUUUAGAUAUUCAGAUUUUCAUAUGUAAUAAAUAACAUAGCUGUAGUUGUCUUAUUCAGUAAAAAAAAAAAAAAAAAAAAAAA